ACGUCUCGUCAGUGGGUGGUUGACUGUAUCAGCUGCCUUCUCUGUAUACAAGGCCAGCCCAUGAACCUGGGGUCAGCGGAGGAGGAGCUGAGAUGUCUCCGUGAAGAACUAACAGCAGCUCCAGACCCCGAGGCUCUGUUUCAGGCAUCUUCCAAAAUGGCCAGGGUUGUUAGUGAGUACUUUUCCCCAGAACAGGCCACAGACUUUAUUGCGGCCACAGUGGAAGGUAUGCUAUCUGCCAGCCCCACCUGUGCCACGGCAGCUGGACUGUGGAUGAAGGUUAUACUGAAGGAGUGUGAAGAUGCCAUGCUCGAUAAGGUGCCAGCUAUUCUGGAUAUCAUAUAUAGCCACAUGGCUACUAUCCAGGAGGGCAUCUUGAGGCAGUCCCUGCUGGAGGCAGUGUCUAUUCUAGCUCACCAUCACCUAGAGGCAGUGAUCUCCAGCCUCCUCAGCAACCAUCUGCCGAUGGACAGUGACACCACUGAGCUGUGGAGAUCUUUGGGGAGAGACCCCUUGCUUGCCACUCAAGUCCUACAGGUCCUAAUAGAAAAAAUAAAGACUUCAACAAGGCAAGAAGGAAGCGUCACCUCAGAGACUGAAACUGACAGGCAUUUGGCAGCUGCUGAACCUCUCUCAGCAACAUGUGCCAUCUUUGAGGUGGUGUCAGCACUGCAGUCGAGCAAAGCUGUGCAGGAGCUGCUCCCAGAGUGGUUUCCUGUUCUCCUGCAGCAGGUCAGCCGAACCUCAGGACAAAAGAUGCCUUUGCCAAGGAUAAGAAGCCGGAGCCUGUUCCAAAAAGACCAACAACAUACUGAGGGCAACCCUUGCCGGUUUUCUGUCCAAGCGUUAGAGUCUGUGCUUUUCAAUGUUGGGAAUGAGAGACUGGUGAGAGUCCUCAGGCUGCAGAAAACAUGGAUUCUGCUUGAAAACCCCCAGACUCACCAUGAGGGAGUGUGUCUGCUGGUGAGAGUUCUGCUAAGAUCAGGACUAGUAACACCUGAGAUCAUCCAGAGCGUCCUCCCCUGGAUGAAUUCCCCAAUGGAAAACUUCCGAGUCACCGGCACAGCUUUCCUUGCCCAGCUAAUGAGUGAUCCCAUGCUCAGGGAGAAGAAGUUGCUUAAGAGUGUCUUGCGCAUCUUGGAAGAAAGGUCACAGGAUAGGAACAGCAUUGUCCGUCAGAUGGCAGUAAGAGGCCUGGGAAAUAUAGUCGAUGGGGCGCCUGUGAAGGUGAAAAAGUACAAGAAGUUUCUUCUGGACAUACUGAUUGGGGCCUUACAUGACAUUUUCAGUUCUGAAGUCAUUGGCGAGAGUAUGAAAGCACUGGCCAAAGUCCUGAAGGAGCUGAAAGAGAAGGACAUUGGUUCUUCCUUCAAAGACCUCGCCCAACAGAUCCGGACCUACUUUGACGAUGAGGAUGAUGCUCUUCGCUCAGUGGCCUUUGUCCUAUUUGGCAUCCUGGCUCAGUUGACAAAGAAAAAACGGAAGGCCUAUUUCGCCGAGCAGGUUCGAAAGAGCUGGGUCACACUUCUGCUGCACCUGCAAGACCCGAGCCCCAAGGUUUCAAUGAUGAGCAGUCACACAGAUGAGUUCCCUUUGAUUGAACACAGCACUCGGUAG